AUGACACUAGAUCUCACAACCCUCGACGCUCAUGAGCAGCCGUCAGACCAGCUCCGGGCCAUAUGGAAGGGCUUCUCCAGGGCCGAGAAGGCAGAUAUUCUGAAGAGCAACAGCAUAGAUGAUCUCACAAUUCCCGAAAAGGAAGCCGAAUUCUGCGUCUCUGGCACCAUACCAGCCAGCUCAAUAAGAAGUGCCUUCAGCCACUUGGAUGAAGCGGUUGAGGUGGAUGAGGAUGUAAAGAUCUACUAUCAUCCGCUACUACCAGGGCUCUUGAUUGUGCCGUCUCUUCUACCACCUGCCGUUCAGAAGACUCUACUAUCUCGUCUCGUACACCGAGACCUCAGUGUCCCAACUCAUCAAACAAAUCUACAUCUUCAUUACGGCCUACCAUACCCUCAAGAUGAAGAAGGCAAACCGGCCUCCUUCUUCACGAUGCCUCCCGAUUCUCCAGUCACAUUUCAACCCAAAGAUCCCAGCGUCCACAAACCCCUGUCCAUGAAGCAAGUCAUGGAGCGCCGCCUACAUUGGGUGACACUAGGUGGGCAGUACGACUGGACGAACAGAGUCUACCCAGGCGAGGCACCCCCUAUAUUUCCUCCGGAUAUCACCGGCUUCUUAGAGGAUCUCUUUCCCGCGACGCAGGCGCAGGCCGCCAUCGUCAACUUCUACACUCCCGGAGACACCAUGAUGAUGCAUCGCGACGUGUCCGAAGAGACGGACAAGGGGCUUGUCAGUAUCAGCUUAGGGUGUGACGGGUUGUUCUUGAUUGCCCCAAACGAAAUCAGCAAGGUUGAAGAUAUCGAGGAGAGGCAUAAGAGUGAGAAGCAAUACCUAAUUCUUAGGCUACGGUCAGGGGAUGCCAUCUACAUGACGAAAGAGUCACGGUAUGCAUGGCAUGGAGUGCCAAAGGUUCUGAAAGGGACAUGUCCAGAUUACCUCGAGGACUGGCCUGCCGAACACGGAAAGUACGGGGAAUGGAAGGGCUGGAUGAGGAACAAGCGCAUCAACCUCAACGUUAGACAAAUGAGAGACUAG